AGAAUGAUCAGCUAUCAGCUAACUCUCCGAUCGUAAUAUCAAAGUGUGUACUCGUGUCGGCUUUCGUUGACUUGUCUACGUGAAACUAUAGGAACUUUAAUGAUAUUUUGGACAUGUCUGGGGCCGUCUCCCCAAUUAUUUAACCUAAUUUCGUUGAUUUAGUGCCCCUAGUUGAACGUUCAAAUACAAUUAUACGAUUAGGACCUAAAUAUGUUAGGAACACGCCAAUUUUUAUUAAUUCUGGCAUUCUGUCUGGUUCAUCUCGUCAGUACUGAUGAACACAAUCAUGUUUACGACGAUAAUGAAGAAGUUGUACUGUGGAUGAGCACAGUGGGCCCAUACCACAACAGACAAGAGACUUACUCCUACUUUUCUUUGCCAUUCUGUUCUGGACCCAAAGGAAUGAUUGGCCACUAUCAUGAGACUUUGUCAGAAGCUCUGCAGGGCAUUGAGCUCAAGUCCAGUGGGCUUGAGAUAGAAUUUAGAGCCGACGUAGCUAAGACCGAAUUCUGUGGACUAAAGCCACUGGAUGAAAAUCACUUGAAGGCAUUCAUUUAUGCUGUGAAAAACCAGUAUUGGUAUCAAAUGUACAUAGAUAAUCUUCCAAUUUGGGGAGUUGUAGGUGAACCUGAAGAGAACAAUGGCGAAAUAUCCUAUUUCAUCUGGACGCACAAGAAGAUCGACAUUGGUUACAAUGGCAAGCAAAUUGUCGACGUCAACGUAACAAGUGAGAGCAAAGUGAAAUUACUACCAAACGCUCGCAUAGCCUUCACGUACGAAGUUAACUGGAGAAAGAGUAGUGUAAAAUUCGAGGAUAGAUUUGACAAGUACUUGGAUGCCAACUUCUUCCAGCAUCGAAUUCACUGGUUCAGUAUUUUCAACAGUUUCAUGAUGGUGAUAUUUCUGGUGGGCCUUGUCUCCAUGAUUCUCAUGCGAACAUUGCGGAAGGAUUAUGCGAGAUACAGCAAAGACGAGGAGAUGGACGAUAUCGAGAGGGAUUUAGGGGACGAGUAUGGCUGGAAGCAAGUGCAUGGGGAUGUCUUUCGACCUGCUAGCUAUCCAAUGCUCUUCUCAGCACUUGUGGGCUGUGGUUAUCAAGUCACAUUUGUUGUACUUAGUGUCAUCAUAUUUGCAAUUCUUGGAGAAUUGUACACCGAGAGGGGCUCGAUGCUGUCAACUGCUAUCUUCAUGUAUGCAGCUACAUCACCCUUGAAUGGCUAUGCUGGAGGUGGCCUCUAUGCCAGGAUGGGGGGCAGAGUUUGGAUUAAACAGAUGAUUCUAAGUGCUUUCAUGCUCCCUGUCAUGGUCUGUGGAACAGCAUUCUUCAUCAAUUUCAUUGCUAUCUAUUACCAUGCAAGUCGGGCUAUUCCAUUUGGAUCAAUGGUGGCAGUGACUUGCAUCUGCAUAUUCGUCAUUCUCCCCCUGACCCUGGUGGGCACAAUUCUGGGACGAAACCUGGCGGGGACUCCAGAUGCACCUUGUCGUGUCAACGCAGUUCCUCGGCCCAUUCCCGAGAAAAAAUGGUUCAUGGAACCACUCGUGAUCAUCCUCCUCGGGGGUAUACUUCCAUUCGGCUCAAUAUUCAUUGAAAUGUAUUUUAUAUUCACAUCCUUCUGGGCGUACAAGAUCUACUACGUCUACGGAUUUAUGCUUCUCGUAUUCAUCAUCCUUAUGAUCGUAACUGUUUGCGUAACUAUUGUCUGCACGUAUUUCCUGCUCAAUGCCGAAGACUACAGAUGGCAAUGGACUAGUUUCUUAGCUGCUGCUUCCACUGCGGGAUACGUCUAUAUUUAUUCAUUCUACUAUUUCUUUUUCAAAACAAAAAUGUACGGCCUCUUCCAAACUGCCUUCUACUUUGGUUACAUGGCACUCUUUAGCUUAGCACUUGGAAUAAUGUGCGGUACGGUAGGAUAUAUCGGUACCAACGCAUUCGUCCGUAAAAUUUAUUCAACAGUUAAAAUAGAUUAAUUCUGCCCAUCCCCCGCCCCUCCCAUAAUUAUUUACAAAUAAAUAAUGUACGUGUGCAUGAGAAUGAAUACAAGAAGAUAAAAUCGAAUGACGGAAAUCUGUGCUCAGUGUCUGUGCUGCGUCAACAAAUUUUGUUCCAUUGACACUGUGAUAUUGUAGAAGACGUCCAAUUGAGUGAUAGUGAAGUCAUCUCUACCUCCUGUGGACUCCCAUCACCAUUCACUGAAUUGGACAGACUUUAUCAUAACAAUUUUAUUGUACGAUAUAUAAUAUAUUCUCUUUUGUUUAGUACCGUAGCGCUGAUUAUCCCCCGAAUAUCCAGGUUGAUGAAUUUUCUAAAGUUAUGAGCCAGUAUUGCGAUCGAAAUAGAGCAGUCUUUUUAAAGGAAACUCGAUGAUGAAUUACUUUGAGUGUAAAACAUCACAUUCGGUGCAAUAAAUAAAUCUGAUCGAACGAAUCUUCCUUCCAUUAAUCCUUCAGGCGAUUACAUUUUUAAUCUAGAGACCGAAUAUAUUCUUCUCCUGUCGUUAUCGAGGUUCUUUUCCAUUAAAUUUUUGUAUCUACAAAACCGUGGAGUUUUAAAUGUUUUUUUGUCACUGAAAGAACCCUAAAAAUUAUAGAAAUAUAUAUUUUUGAACCAGAAAAAGUAGGGAAUUUUUUUAAAGAGCCUUUUAACGGAUACCUCGAAAUAAAUGAGUAGAGGGAUGAAUUAGACCUGCGCCAUUACUACGGCAAAUAGUGGCCAGGUAACAUCAACAUGGGAAAGGGAGCAAAACAUGCUGAAUCUCACAAUCCUUCGUACAGCGCUCUUUUAAUAGAAAGAAUUGCAAAAAUUUUUUUAGAAUUGUUUCCUAUUUUUGCUCAGUUUUUAGAAGUAUAUAAUUACAAUUUUUGGGGAUCACAUAAAGACAGAAAAUCAAUUUAAAAUUAUUGGACUUCAAAAAUUGAAGAAUCAAAUGAAAAACAACGUAGAUAACAUUCGGAGAGAAAUAUAUCGGGGCUUAGUGAAUAAAGUUAUUUUACAACUGAAAAUUCAUCAGGUUUUCCUCUUGGAUUUGCAAAACAAGUAGACGAUUAUGCACGACAACAGCACAAAGAGUAAUUGUAAACGUGUAUAAUGUAAAAAUAAAUUCAAGCAAACAAUCUGCUCGACGUCUGUGCGGGUGCAAAAUGUCAGAAUAACGCCAGAUACUUACUAGUUUUUCCUAGUGGGUGUAAUGCCCAUUUUAUCAUAAUUUUCCUUCUAAAAAAAUCACGUAGAUAUAAAUCGUCAUACUAUUGGCCAAUGAAUUAAUUUAUAUUAAUGUAGUGUAAAUCGUGAAGGAUAUCAAAAGGAGAGAUGAAUCAUUGUGACGUGGUGACAUAUAAUACUGAUAUACUUGUACAAAGUUUUUCUCAAUCAAAAAUCAUUUCAUUUAUAUUUUCUGUUAUCAAAAUUGAUACAUGUAUUUAUCUCGCAUAUGAUUACCAUUAUCAAAUUUUUUUUCUUUUGUCGUGGAGAAAUAUAAAAUUUCUACUAAUAUAA